CCUCAUGAUAAAACCAUUGUUGUGUAUAACAUUCUGCUGCCUAAUGCUAGGUGCCCAGUCACAAGAUCCAUAUUUCGCAAAUUAUUUUAAUCCAAACCGACUAUACUUUGGCGAUAAUCUCUCCCCAGUAGUCCCACUUUCAAUAGGACCUAGUGGGAUAGACAAUGAUGCAUUACGAAGAGUAUUUGGUAAUGAACCACAGAGGCAGAAAAAACCGGAGACUACAGUGGAGAUAGAAAAGAGUACUGAGCUGGCUUAUGGAACAAGUGUUGAACAAAUCGAUAAUUUUGGUUCACAGAAUAUUGUUAAUAGACCAAUAUCAACCCCAACAAUACCCAGUAGUCAGACAGCUCAGCAACUUGCUCUGGAUAGACAAGAUGUGCCUCAAAUCCAACCUAACAGACAAGCGUUGGAUAGACAGCGGCAGUACAAUAUAGCACAAAAUAAACCAAGAAUACCACAGGAAAAACCAGAAAUCUCCCUGGGAAGACCUACGGUAGCGAUACCGCAGUCUGAGCUAAACAGACCUGCAGCUGAACAGAUAUUUUUGGGUGUGCCAAAUUCAUUGCAAUUACCAAGAGAUCGGCCAAGUGUGCCAGAGAUAUCUCUCAGUAGACCAUCGGUGGCUGUGCCUCAAAGUGAACUUCAAAGACCACCAGUACAGCCAAGUUCCCCCAAUUUCAACUUGCCUAGCCAAUCUGCGGGUUUCAACAAUUUAUUGUAUUCAGUGACAAAUUUUGGAGUUAAUUUGAUCAAGAACAUUGAUACCGUACAUUCUGGCAAUGUGGUAGUGUCUCCAUUUUCUAUCACCUCGCUCCUGGCUCUACUGCAACAAGGAGCUAACGGAGAAACAGAGCUACAAAUAUCAAAUGCCCUGCAAAUGACGCCUGAGAGUACAGCCUCUUCUUAUGCUCGCGUUACUGGAGAUAUAAGAAGUCGCAGUUCCAGAAACGUCCUGAGAGUAGCGAACAAUGUGUUCAUAGCUGAUGCUUUUGCUGUUAAUCGGGACUUCAAAAACAGAGCGAUGCAGAGCUUCUACAGUGACGUCUCUCGUCUCAGCUAUAAUAAGCCGGAGGAGGCGGCUCGACAGAUCAACACCUGGGUAGCUUCAAGAACCAAUAACAAGAUCAACCAACUCAUUGCUCCAGAUGCUUUAAGUAGUAACACACAGAUGGUACUUGUAAACGCUAUUUACUUCAAAGGACUGUGGGAAAUGCCAUUUAGAGUUGAAUCAACCGUACCUCGGGAAUUCCAACUCAGUAGCGGACAAAUAAAAACAGCCCAGUUUAUGCGUACGCGCAGGAUGUUUAAGACCGGUAUGGAUCCGACUACUAAUGCUAGAGUUAUUGUGUUGCCCUUUGAGCGAGAUGAAUACCAUUUAAUGGUGAUAUUACCAUCACAAUUGAUGGGAAUCAGAAGUACGAUAGCAUCGCUGACUGAUGCCCGGCUGCUCAGCUAUCUCAGCUUCCCAGCAAUUGACACUGAGCUCGAGCUGCCCAAAUUCACAGUCAGGUCUGACACGGACUUGAAAGUUAUUUUGCAAAACAUGGGUAUAACAAAACUGUUCAACCGAUUUAGCGAGUUGGCUGGCAUUGGAUCUUUCCAGACCCAUUCGCCGCAGAUAUCGUCAGCCGUACAUUCAGCCGUAUUGUCAAUUGAUGAGCAGGGAGGCUCUGCAGCCGCUGCGACAGCAUUUGCGGCGGUUGCGUUAUCUUACGACGACCCUUCUGUGGUUUUCAAAGUCAAUCGACCCUUCAUUGCUGUCCUAUGGGACAACAACAGCGCCCUACCUUUAUUCAUGGCAAAAAUCGAAGACCCCAUAUACUGAAAAGACUCGUGAUCAACUACAAUAAUACUCAUUACUACAUUAGCCUUAAG